CCCGCCGGGGCGCCGGGCGAAGCCGCGGGUCGCUGUGGAGAGCCUUUCCGAGGACCGGAGCUCCGCAUUUCAGUUCAGUUCCCUAUGUCCUCCCCUGAAAUUGCGUCCCUCUCAUGGGGACAAAUGAAAGUACAAGGCUCUACCAAAACCUAUAAGGAUUGCAAAGUAUGGCCAGGUGGUAGCCGGGAUUGGGAUUGGAGAGAAACAGGAACUGAGCACUCUCCGGGCGUGCAGCCUGCGGACGUGAAGGAGGUGGCCGAGAAGGGCGUGCAGACCCUCGUGAUAGGCCGCGGGAUGAGCGAGGCCUUGAAGGUGCCCCCAUCCACCGUGGAGUACCUCGAGAAGCAAGGCAUCGAUGUACGAGUCCUCCAGACAGAGCGGGCCGUCCAAGAGUAUAAUGCCUUGGCUGCCAGAGGGGUCCGGGUGGGAGGCGUCUUCCAUUCCACCUGCUGACGAGGCCUGACGAGGCCAAUAAACCAUGGAGCACUGACGCCU